AUGGUAAUAACCUGGUCCGAUGACCACUUGACCCUGGCAAUGUAUGAUAGAAAUGUUACGUCACUUCAAGAAUUAGACCUGAUUUUAAUUGGUAAUACUGGAACUGGCAAAAGCGCAACUGGCAAUUCCAUACUGGAUAAAAAAAAUGCAUUUGCAUCCAGCGGCAAUUUUAAUUCUGUUACCAAGUUUCCGGAAAAUGAUGCUUGCGAUUUUCUAAAUUACAGAAUACAAGUUGUUGAUUGUCCUGGUGUUUUUGAUACAGAGUUAAAGCCUAAAGAUGGUGAAACGUUGGUUAAGGCUGCUCUAACUUCUGCUAUUUUGACAAAUCCCAAAGGUUUUCAUUCGUUUAUUAUUGUUGUGAAUUAUGGAGGUCGGUUCACAUACUACGAUGUAGAAGCCAUAAAGAUUCUUAAAAAUAUUUUGGGGAGUGAUUUUUUGAACAUCUAUGGCAUAGUUGUAUUCACUCAUGGAGAUGAAUUAAAACGCGAUGGAAAAAGCUUGAAAGACUUGUUAGACAGUGCAACAGGAAACAUUAAAGAUUUACUGGAUGAAUGUCGAGGCAGGGUUGUUAUUUUUAAUAAUCUGAAUCCUGAUGAUAAAACAAAAUACGAGCAGAGACAGAAUUUGGUUGACAUGGUUGUCAAAUUAAAAUCAAAUGGCAAUAGGUACACAAAUGAGCAUUUCAAAAAAGCACAGAUAUUCUACAAACAGAUGAUAGACACAAAGGUGUUAAGUGUAGCCAAGGAUGAUGUAAAAACACAGAGUUGCAUAUUAGAUAAAAUUAGUAAAGCAGACUCUAAGACCACAAAAACUGAAUAUAAAGAAAUGUUGGAAGAAAUGGUCUGUUUUGAGUCGCGUUUAUCAAAAACAGAAAAUGUGAAGGAAUCGGUUAGUAACGUGUUGAUGAAUCUUAAACAAGCACGUCAUUUUGUAGAAGAGAAAAUCAAAGAAACAGAAAAUACCACACCUAUUAAGGGACAUGCAUCAUCUCAAGAUAUUAACAUAACAAGUGUUGUGUUAAAUUUCCAAGGAAUUAAACGAAAAUAUGAUGAAGAGUAUUUUUGCUCCAUUGAAAUGCUAUGGUAUCAGUCUAAAACAAAUAUUAAGUAA